GAAUAAAUACACACACUCGCGCAUCAUUGUUUGCUCUAAGAUUGCAAGUCGGUCCCUCCGUCUUUAAGAGAGAUCCGCUUUUGCUCAAUCAAGAGAAUUAGAUAAUCCAAUCCCUGCUUCCCUUGUCGAUCCCAUUUUUAAGGCGUUUGUCCGUUCAUCUGAGAUUUCCUUCACCGGCGUUUCGAGGUUCAGUACCGUGAGAUAUGGUUGCCUUCGGGAAGAAGUUGAAGGAGAGACAAAUCCAAGAAUGGCAAGGAUAUUAUAUUAACUAUAAAUUAAUGAAGAAGAAAGUAAGACAAUAUGCUCAACAAAUUGAAGUUGGAGCUCUAGAUCGCCGUCAUGUUCUCAAGGAUUUUUCUAGAAUGCUUGAUAAUCAGAUUGAGAAGAUUGUCCUUUUUCUAUUGGAACAACAAGGACUACUGGCAAGCAGACUAGUGAAGCUUGGAGAACAGCAAGAUGCUCUUCAGCAGCAGCAGGAAAUUUCCAAAAUAUCAGAGCUACGGGAAGCUUAUAGAGCAGUUGGCAGAGAUCUUUUAAAGCUUCUCUUUUUUGUUGAAAUUAAUGCUAUUGGCUUGCGCAAGAUACUGAAGAAAUUUGAUAAACGUUUCGGCUAUAGGUUCACUGAUUAUUAUGUCAAAACUCGUGCUAAUCAUCCUUACUCUCAGCUGCAGCAGGUGUUCAAGCAUGUGGGACUUGGGGCUGUUGUGGGAGCCAUAUCUCGUAAUUUGCAUGAACUUCAAGACCGUCAGGGAAGCUACCUAUCAAUUUAUGAUCAGCCAGCUCUCCCCCUCCAGGAUUCUGUCGUUGAAUCACUAAAAGCAGCUGCAGACAGGUUGACCCACUCUACAAACUUUCUAAACUUCUUGGCACAACAUGCGCUCAUUAUGCAAGAAGAGCUACCUACUCCUGUUGAGGAACCAAUUGCUGAUCGAGGAUACCAUUUUAUGUCACUGCUUCUGAACUUAGCAAACACAUUUCUUUAUAUGGUUAAUACGUAUAUUAUUGUCCCAACAGCAGAUGACUACUCCAUGAGCCUUGGAGCUGCUGCAACUGUUUGUGGCAUUGUGAUUGGGGCAAUGGCUGUUGCACAGGUGUUUUCUUCAGUGUAUUUCAGUGCGUGGUCAAAUAGAUCAUACUUCAGACCUCUUGUAUUUAGCAGUAUUGUUCUUUUUGUGGGGAAUGCCAUGUAUGCAUUAGCCUAUGAUCUUAAUUCCAUAACAGUUCUUUUGGUUGGCCGUCUUUUGUGUGGAUUCGGUUCUGCUAGAGCUGUUAACAGGCGUUACAUCAGUGAUUGUGUACCUCUGAAAAUUCGCAUGCAGGCAUCAGCUGGUUUUGUUAGUGCUAGUGCUCUUGGAAUGGCUUGUGGUCCGGCACUCGCUGGCUUACUUCAAACAAAUUUUAAGAUUUACAAGUUCACAUUCAAUCAAGAUACAUUGCCUGGUUGGGUUAUGGCUUUUGCUUGGCUUAUAUAUUUAGUAUGGUGUUGGAUUUCAUUUCGAGAGCCUUUACAUGAGGUGGAAGAGAUGCAUACAGCGCAGGAAUCUAGUACUGAAACAGUGCAAAAUAAUGCUCUAGAGGAAGGUCUUAAACAACCAUUGCUCUUGAAUUCUGAAGACAAUCACAAAGAUGAAAAUGAUGACCAAGAAUUUGAUGGAAGUGAUGAAGCUGCUGAAGACUCUCGCCUGGCAGCUACCUCUAUUAGAUCAGCAUAUAGACUACUUACCCCUUCUGUAAAGGUUCAAUUGUUGAUAUAUUUCAUGCUCAAAUACGCCAUGGAGAUUCUACUCUCGGAAUCUAGUGUUAUUACCACGUACUAUUUUCAGUGGUCUACAAGCACUGUCUCAGUUUUUCUUGCAUGUCUUGGCCUAACAGUGCUUCCCGUAAACAUUGUUGUUGGAAGCUAUAUUAGCAAUAUGUUUGAAGACAGGCAAAUCUUGUUGGCAUCUGAAAUUAUGGUUUUUGUUGGCAUACUCCUGAGCUUCCACAUAAUAAUUCCAUAUUCAGUACCGCAAUAUGUAUGCUCAGGACUCAUCAUGUUUGUUUCUGCUGAAGUUCUUGAAGGUGUGAACUUGUCGCUCCUGUCUCGAGUCAUGUCAUCAAGGCUUUCCCGUGGAACCUACAACGGUGGGCUACUCUCGACAGAAGCUGGAACAAUAGCUCGUGUGAUUGCCGAUGCCACAAUAACCGUGGCCGGAUACUUGGGCCAGAGUAGGCUCUUGAACAUCACCCUACUUCCUUCACUCUUAAUUUGCAUGGCAUCCAUUGUUGCUACCUGUUAUACCUACAACUCUCUCUAUUGAUUCAUAUUUGCAUGGAAAUAUGUCUAUAAUUCUUUUGUUCAUUUGAUCAAUGACGUAUAUCAUUGUUAUAUAUUGCAUGAGACUAGUCCAUUGAUUCUGCUCUUCAAUUGGUCUUUCAUAUACUUUAAGGGUUAAGCUAA